AUGAACCCGACACCCGAGACUCCGCUCAUUGGCGACCCAAGCCAUAGCCCAUCGAAACAAUCGAUGCGGGAUUCGGAUAUUCCCGACCUUAUCAUUUUGAAAAAGCGUAAAGUGGAAAUCGAGGCACAGCUCAAAGAUAGCAAACGAAAAUGGAAGGCACAGGCUUCAUUCGAUCUCAAGUUUUGGACUCAAGCAGUAGAAGUGGAAGAUUUGGAGAUCAAAAGCUCACAGUUAAAGAGGAAGAUUUCACUCCGCGCCUCUGGGAUCAGCGAAGCCCAGUGGACCAAUACUACCGAAGCCCAGCAGAUAUUUGAGCAAAUCGAGGCUUCCGAACAGUACAAGAAAAUUUGCCGAAGGCAAAUAGCUGAACUUGGACAAAAAGCACGAUCUAGAUCUCUCAGAGCUUCCUUUAUGAAGCUUUUCACGACAUCGAAGAUGGGAAUUGGAGUCUUAACAACGGGCGCUGGAAAGCGAAACUCGAGCGAACAAUCAGAAUUCAGAAAAGGUCUAAUCCAAGCCUACGAGGCCAAGCAUUCAGAGCAAAAUUGGCUGUGGUGCCCUAUAAUGGGGGAUUAUCUAGACCCUAAAGACAUGGUUGCAGCGCACCUUUUUUCUUGGAAGCAUGGCCAAGAUACUAUGGACGCUAUUUUUGGCAAGCAAAAAGAAGCAGAGUUGUUCUCGCCGUGUAAUGGGAUACUUUUAUCGCGCCAAAUCGAAGACAGCUUUGAUAUUGGAAAGCUGGCCAUUGUACCCUGGGUGCCUGAAAGCGAUGACUCAAAAAUAGAGAUCAUCCGGCGUUGGCUUGCUAAUGAGAAGAGGGAAUAUAAGGUCAAGAUAUUGGAUCCUAAGUGGGACCGUCUGGAAUCCCCAAUCUCUCGGUAUUACCAGCUCAAGUUUAAGGAUCUUGACGGACGCAAGCUCAGCUUUAUUGGAUCCUUUCGACCUGCUGCACGCUAUCUUUACUUCCAUUAUUGCAUCCAACUUCUUCGUCGGGCUUGGCAGCAUAAUGAAGCCAAGAGCGCUGCUAAGGCUGCAGGAUUGCUGAGAGAGGAGAAUGGGAAACCUUUUUGGGGCACGCCUGGGAGAUAUCUCCCUAAAAAUAUGCUUCUUGCCAUUGUUGAAGAGCUUGGCUAUGAAUACAAGGCCCUAUUGGAUGGAGCCGGGCGAAAUCAAUCUGGAGAUUCCGACCUAUUAUUGGGAAUCGCAACCGCCCAGGUAAAAUUUCGCCGGCCAGCUAUAGAUGGAAUAUUCCAGCGAAGUGACUCGUCGGAUAGCGAAGAGACUGAGGAGGAAUCAUGA